AUGGACCGGGCCGCCCCGGGCAGCGGCGCCAGCUCCCUGCCACUGCUCCUGGCCCUUGCCCUGGGCCUAGUGAUCCUCCACUGUGUGGUGGCUGAUGGAAAUUCAACCAGAAGUCCUGAAACGAAUGGCCCUCUCUGUGGAGAUCUUGGGGGAAACUGCACAGCUACCACCACACAAUCAAGGCGGAAAGGCCACUUCUCUCGGUGCCCCAAGCAAUACAAGCAUUACUGCAUCAAAGGGAGAUGCCGCUUCGUGGUGGCUGAGCAGACACCCUCCUGUGUCUGCAAUGAAGGCUACACUGGGGCAAGGUGUGAGAGAGUUGACUUGUUUUACCUAAGAGGAGAUAGAGGACAGAUUUUGGUGAUUUGUUUGAUAGCAGUUAUGGUCAUUUUUAUCAUUUUAGUCAUUGGUGUCUGCACAUGCUGUCAUCCUCUUCGGAAACACCGUAAAAGAAAGAAGAAGGAAGAAGAAAUGGAAGCUCUGGAUAAAGAUAUAACUCCUAUAAAUGAAGAUAUUCAAGAGACUAAUAUUGCUUAA